AUGGCACGAACCGCGCGGCCGCGACGAAAGAUGGCGAAUACGAGCGACGCUUCCACGUCCGCGAGUCUGCUGUCGACGUCAUCUACGACGCCGACGUUCUCCAGCUCUCCGACGGCGAGCUACCCCACCGAGGGCUACAGCGUCAAUUACACCGGCCUCGGAAACCUAGGGGGCUACUCCCUGAACGACCUCAACUACACCGGACUCUGGGUGGACGUCUGGAACAGCACCGAGGUCAGCAACGUCACCGAGAGGCUCAACGCCACGGCCUUAACUCCUGGAGGCUACUGCGACGAGUGGGAAGCGGCGCAGCACAAGCUCUUCCAGACAGCCAACCUCUUCUUCGCGGCGGCCUUCCUCGUGCCGAGGUCGUUCAAAGCCUCGGUCCUUGCCCUGAGGACCUUCCUGACGGCCGGCUUCAUGUUGGCCGCCCUGUGGGCCGGGAUCACGAUCUGCGCGCUGGACGCGAUGCUGUGGUGUCUGGCGUUGGGUCUGCUGAACGGCAUCCACUCGUUGAUCCUGGCCUGCAGGUUCCUCCCACCGGCUCUGAGUCCAGAGCUGGCCGAGCUGUACCUGAAGCUCUUCAAGCCCUACCGGGUCAGCAAGAAGCACUUCCAGGAGCUGGCCAAGGAGGCCAGGAUCCUCAAGCUGGAUCCUGGUCAGACCUACGCCACCGAAGGGGUCACGCCAGCUGACGAGAGGCUGUCGAUUCUCCUGCGUGGCAAGUUGAAAGUGACUUGCGACGGUACGCACCUCCACUACGUCAGGGCGUAUCAGUUCGUCGACUCUCCGGAAUGGGAGGCGACCCACGAGAACAUCGACGACGUGUUCCAGGUGACGGUGCGCGCCGAGGAGUCCAGCACCUACAUUUGCUGGACGCGGCUGAAGCUCCUCAGGGUUCUGAGGCACCGGCCUCUGCUGAAGGUCGUGCUCAACACCCUCAUCGGCAAGGACAUCACGUCCAAGUUGUACGCCCUGAACGAGCAGCUGGCCGGGAUCGCCGCUGCCAACGAGAACGCUGCCGGGAACCCCUACAGAGGGGUCGCCAGGAGCCUCAGCGUCGACGCCGUCAACACCGAGACCGCCGGCAGGGUGCGAUCGACGACCUGGAAGGCGCAGAGGAGAGACAGUAAUCCCCGGAGCGACAGAAGCUCUCCGGCGAAGUACUCCCACCAGUACUGGGCGCCCGUGGUGGCGAAUCACUUCCCGGCCACGUCGCCCUUCACCCAGACCCACAACCUGGGCUACAGCCUACUGCCCCAGGGGAGCCAAUUCUCGCCACCCCCGAGGAUCCCCGCGGUGACGCAUCCGCCCCUAACGAGACAGCGCAGCGGAGGAACUGGUGGGGACUACACCCUGCUGCCGCAGACACCCAAGUUGGAGAGGAAACGCUCCAAGAAGACGGCCAGGGAGGUAACUUUCGAGACACCGGUAUGA